AUGUCGGCUUCCACCGUGUCAAUCACGGCGGCGAACCCGGGGACGCGUCGGAGACCCGUGGUCGUCACCGAGAAGAAAACCGCCAGUAAUAUCGAACUCCUCGCUAACGACGUCACGGCUUCUCCGAAUGCCGGUGACGGCAAGGCUCCGUCAAACCUCGGCAAUGGUCGUGAUUUGAGCCAUCACUCGAUCCGCGGGGAGGCUGUUCUUUCAAAGGAUGUGACGCCGGUGUCUAAGAGGGUUACCGGUGGGGAUUCUGCUGCCGUUACGCCGCGGCGGUUAAGGAAGACCGUUGGGAAGUCGGAGAAACAGCGGUGGGUUACUGUGGCGAGGAUCUUUGCGAAGAAUUUUGUGUUAUUGGUGAUGCUUGCUGGGUUGGUUCAGUUGAUUAGGUGGUUUGCGGUGAAAUCCGGUGAAGGAGUUGUUGGUGGUGGGUACAGUGGGUUGCCGGAAUAUGAGGAUAGGAUUUUGGAAAUGGAGGGUUUGCUAAAGAAGACGGCGAAGAUGAUUCAGGUGCAGGUGGAUGUGGUGGAUACCAAGGUUGGAGGGUUAAGGAAGGAAAUGGAUGCGAAAAUUGAACAACAAGGUGCAUUCUUGGAGAAUGAGUUGAAGAAAUUGGUGACAAAGGGUGACAAAUUGGAGAGAUAUUUGGAUGAGUUGAGAGUAGAGGAUUUGUUAACAAAGGAAGAGUUUGAGAAAUUUGUUGAGGGUUUGAGCAAGGGUAAGGGGAAUGGUUAUGAAGGUGCUGGUUUGGAUGAGAUAAGGGAAUAUGCAAGAGGGGUGGUUGAGAGUGAGAUUGAGAAGCAUGCUGCAGAUGGGCUUGGGAGGGUGGAUUAUGCGCUUGCAAACGGUGGAGCCUCAGUUGUGAGGCAUUCGGAUCCCUAUGAUUUGCGGAGGGCAAAAUUGUUCUUGUUGUCUCCAGGAAAUGGUGUUCAUCCCAAUGCUGAUAAGAUGUUGAAGCCGAGUUUUGGGGAGCCUGGACAGUGUUUUCCAUUGAAAGGCAGCAGCGGGUUUGUUCAGAUUAAGUUGCGCACCGAAAUUAUUCCUGAGGCUAUUACCUUGGAGCAUGUAGCAAAGAGUGUUGCAUAUGAUAGAUCUAGUGCUCCUAAGGACUGUAGGAUCUCUGGUUGGCUUCAGGGUCGAAAUACCGAUACCCUAGUUGAUACUGAAAAGAUGUUUCUUCUGGCAGAGUUCACAUAUGAUCUUGAGAAGAGCAAUGCUCAAACUUUUAAUGUGUUGAGUUCAGCAGGUUCUGGUGUUAUCGACAACAUAAGGUUUGAUUUUACGUCAAAUCAUGGAAGUCCUUCACACACCUGUAUAUAUCGCUUGAGAGUUCACGGUCACGAAUCUGACUCAGUUUCUAUGAUGGCAAUCGAGUCAUAA